GGUUUGAGUUUUGUAAACACAAUUUGCUUUUUGUUUUUGUCAACGUGAAAGGGACUUGAAAACAUUAUUUCUUUAAAUAUUAUAAUUUAAAGCAUUAUAAUGGCUACAUGGAAUCAAAUACAGCAACAACUUCGCCAUCCAAAUAACCCUGUUGUUUUCUUUGAUAUUACAAUAGGAUCAACAGAAGUUGGCAGAAUGAAGAUGGAAUUAUUUGCAGAUGUGGUUCCAAAAACAGCUGAAAAUUUCAGACAAUUUUGUACUGGUGAAUAUAAAAAGGAUGGUGUACCGAUAGGUUAUAAAGGCUGUAUAUUUCAUAGGGUUAUCAAAGAUUUUAUGAUUCAAGGUGGAGAUUUUGUUAAUGGUGAUGGUACAGGAGUUAUGAGUAUAUAUGGAGCAACUACUUUUGUGGAUGAAAAUUUUAAACUGAAGCAUGAUGGACCUGGAUUACUUUCAAUGGCAAACAGUGGUAAAGACACUAAUGGUUGCCAGUUUUUCAUAACUUGUGCUAAAUGUGACUUUUUGGAUGGAAAACAUGUAGUUUUUGGUCGAAUUUUGGAUGGCCUUUUAGUUAUGCGCAAGAUAGAAAAUGUUCCAACGGGUCCAAAUAACAAGCCAAAAAUACCUGUUAUUAUAUCACAAUGUGGAGAAAUGUAAUUUUUUUUUAUAAAUCUCAUAUACAUGUAUAUAUUGUGAAUAAAUU